UGACUGAGCGAUCACGGGACUGAGGAACGAGAGAGGGCAACUUUUUUAACAGAAGGGGUAAGAAGUCACCGCUGCAUCUCACCUCGAGACCGCUGACAUCUGGCAGAAAAAGCGCGCGUGCGUGUCGAGCGAGACGGACAGUUGAAAGAUGUGAUUAUUUCUUGCUUCUGUCUCCGACAGGUGUUUUUAUUUUACAGAGGAACAAAGAUGAGAAUUUACUAUCCUGAAGCCACUUGCAUCCUCAUCGUUCUUCAGACGCUGGGGUGGGGCUUGAGUAGUCAAUGUAAGGAACCAAUAGAGAACUACAAACUUAACCUUUCUGUGACCUACGACCUCCCUUAUUUUAUAUCUGACACCCCUAUCCAGAAGCUGUUGGAAUUCAAUAGAACUGUGUACAUAGGUGCCAUCAACAAGCUUUAUGCUCUGUCUGAAAACCUUACAAACAUUCAUGAAUAUAACACCGGACCCGUGCAAGACAAUCCAGGCUGCAAUGUGGAAGAUCACUGCGCUGGUUGUGUACCCCCCGGAGCAAACGGCAUGAACAACACCAAUAUGGCCCUGGUGGUGGAGACGUUUUACGAUCCUGAGCUCUUUAGCUGCGGGUCAGUUGGGAAUGGCGUCUGUACCCGUCACGUGUUAGAAGAUGCUCCCCUGGAUGCGGAAGUAAGUUGCAUGUACUCGAAGAAGAACGACGGCAGCAACCACGGUUGCCCAGACUGCCUGGCUGGUCCUUCAGGCACUCAGAUCCUCAAUGUGAUGAGCAGCGGCGUGGUACGGUUCUUCGUCGCUAACUCUGAACCUCUUGAACAAACUGAACCCCGUCUCCACCAUACCAUCUCUGUUAGGAAGAUGAAAGAGACUCAAGACGGCUUUGAGUUCUUCUCAGAACAGUCCUACAUGGACCUCGCUCCAGGUUUGCGCGGGAACUUCCCCCUACGCUACGUCUACUCCUUCCAGAGUGGCCCGUAUGUGUAUUUCCUCACCAUCCAACGAGAAGGUGCCGGAUCCAACGCCUAUCACACGCGAAUAGUACGCAUGUGCUCCUCUGAUCCGGAGAUUCUGCGAUACGUAGAAAUGCCCUUCGAGUGCAUUUACUCCGAGCGCAGACGGAAAAAGCGCUCGCCGCAGGUGGUUUUCAAUGUUUUGCAGGCCGCGCACGUGGCCAAGGUCGGCUAUGACUUUCAGCAGGAGAUGGGGCUGAAAGAGGGCGAGGAUGUGCUGUUCGCAGCUUUCGCCCGCAGUAAACCCGACUCUCCGGAGCCCACCGCCAGCUCUGCCGUGUGCGUUGUCUCCAUCACUGACAUCAAUAACUUCUUCAAGGAUUUCAUGCAGAAAGGACACAUAAGGAAGCUCUCUCACUUCACAGGAUCAGAUGAGAAGACUUACAACCAGAGCUUUGUAGGAGAUUCCUUUGGCUGUGGGAAGCAUGAAAAGGGUUACCGACUUGAGGUUGCAAGCACCAACCCACGCCGGGACUACUUUAACGGGCGCUUCAGGAAUGUUCUUCUCACCUCCAUUGCUGUAGUCCCCAUUCAAAACCACACAGUUGUCAGCUUAGGCACAAAUGAAGGGCGGGUGAUCCAGGUGGUGUUUUCCCGCUUUGGCAAGACAGAGCCGCAUGUGGACUUCCGCUUGGACACGCUCCCUGUGUCCUCAGAGAUGGCCCUGCUGUCUCCACAGAGUCAAGACGGCUCCUUAUUGUUGGUUACAGGAAAUAAGGUCUCUAAGGUCCCUCUGAUAGGCCCUGGCUGUAACCAGCUAUGGUCUUGUAGCUCCUGUCUUCUGGCCCCGGCGUUUAUGGGCUGUGGAUGGUGUAAGACCUCUGAACGCUGUACGAGGGCUCCUCAGUGCUCCCCCUCUAACUGGAUCCAGGACUCCUGCCCCCUUCUCAUCAACAAGAUUUCUCCCUUCUCUGCUCCGUUGGGAGGCAACACUAACAUGACGAUCUGUGGCAAAAAUUUUGGUUUUAAUAAGAAAGACCGCUUUGACAUCAAGCUGAUCGACGUGACUGUUGCUGGAAGAAAGUGUAAACUUGAAAGGAAGGACAGUAGCAAUAAUCGGUUGGUCUGCAGACUGGAUCAUGUGAAUGCCUCCAAUGUUGACACCGCGGUCAGGGUGCGCAGUGGCAAAGAAGAGACCGUGAAAGACGGUUUCUCAUUUGUGAACCCAGUUAUAACAGAGAUAUUCCCCGAGUUUGGACCAAAGUCUGGUGGAACAAUGCUCACUAUCAGAGGUUCAUUCCUUAGCAGUGGAAACAUGCAACUGGUUACAAUAGGAAAUGCUUCUUGUGUGUUACAGAGCAUAUCAGCCACAAUGUUGACAUGUCGGACUCCACCUCAGCAAUCGCCGUCCAAAUUCAAGGUACAGCUGCACAUUGACGGAGUGAUCUGUGAAUCUCCGGUCAGCUACAGUUACAACGAGGACCCUCACAUCUCCAGCGUCCAGCCCAAGCAUUCCUUCAUCAGUGGAGGAAGCACAGUGACGGUGAAUGGGAUCCACCUUCACUCAGCCCUCCAGCCUCAGAUGGUUCUCACCGCUGCCACAGAGGGCAAAGUGACUGUGACUUGCAGCCACGAUGAGGACAAGCAAAAUAUCAUGUGCAUCACUCCUUCUCUGAAGGGCCUCAGCGUUCAACCUCCAGUUGCCACCAAAAUCACCUUUGUGUUGGACGGUUUCUCUACCGAACAGUACGACCUGCUGUAUGUGGAGGACCCCAAGUUUGAGCAGUUUCAGAAGCCCACCGUUACACCAAGAGGGAACAAGAGCAUUCUGGAGAUAAAGGUUCCUCAUGUAAAUCAGGAGGCAGUAAAAAACGGCGAGGUGCUUCGAGUUUCAAACCGGACCUGCGAGAGCGUCACUCUGGUGGGCAACACGCUCGAAUGCACCGUGCCCAUGGAGCUUCAGACUGCCACUAAAGAGCUGGAGGUGGAGUGGAAGCAGGCCACAUCUUCUGUGAUCCUGGGUCGAGUUGUUUUGGCUCAAGAACAGGACUACAGGGUACUGAUCACAGGUGGCAUCUGCGUGUCCAUAGUUCUUCUUCUCUUGCUCGCAGUAUUCGCUUGGAUCAAGAGGAAAAAGCAUAUUGAUGAUUUAGCUAAAACUAUGGUUUGGUAUGACGGCCGGGCUCACAUUCCACACUUGGACAUGUUGGCAAACGCGAGGAGUGUCAGUCCGACUAAUGAAAUGGUCUCUCACGAGUCCGUGGACUAUAGAACUACUUUGCUUGAGGACCAGAGCUUGCCUCUGUCACAGACGGAGUCCUGUCGGCCUCAUUUGUACGCCCAUGCUCACGUGGACCUGUCCCCUAUGCUCGGGGCAAUGGAAGGGGACUUGGCCUCACCGCUGUUGCCUUCUAAUGCACCCAUAGAUCUGGGCAGCCUCCAUCCCGAGCUGCUGAAGGAGGUUCAGCACGUGGUCAUUGCUCGAGAGGAUCUGCUCUUACAUGUGAAUGAGAUCAUCGGAAGAGGCCACUUUGGCUGCGUGUUUCACGGGACCCUACUCGAACCAGAUGGCCAGAAGCAGCACUGCGCUAUCAAGUCCCUAAACCGAAUCACAGAUAUUGAGGAAGUAUCUCAGUUUCUGAAGGAGGGCAUCAUCAUGAAAGAUUUCAGUCAUCCGAAUGUGCUCUCGCUGUUGGGAAUCUGCCUGCCCAGUGAGGGGUCACCUCUGGUCGUGUUGCCAUACAUGAAACACGGGGACCUGCGCAACUUCAUCAGAGACGAGACUCACAACCCCACGGUCAAAGACCUGAUGGGUUUCGGGCUGCAGGUGGCUAAAGGAAUGGAGUAUCUCGCAAGCAAGAAGUUUGUACACAGAGACCUCGCGGCCCGAAACUGCAUGCUAGAUGAGAGCUAUACGGUAAAAGUGGCCGAUUUUGGCUUGGCCAGGGAUGUGUAUGAUAAAGAAUACUACAGUGUGCACAACAAGCAUGGAGUCAAGCUACCCGUCAAAUGGAUGGCAUUGGAAAGCUUGCAGACACACAAGUUCACCACCAAAUCUGAUGUGUGGUCGUUCGGGGUGUUGCUUUGGGAACUCAUGACCCGCGGCGCACCGCCGUACUCCGACGUGAACUCCUUCGACAUCACCAUCUUCCUCCUUCAGGGCCGAAGACUGCUACAGCCCGAGUUUUGCCCGGAUGCCCUAUACAAUGUGAUGAUCGAGUGCUGGCACCCCAAACCCGAGCGGCGCCCCACCUUCUCAGAGCUGGUGUCCCGCAUCGCUGCCAUCUUCUCCAGCUUCAGCGGAGAGCACUACAUCCUCCUCAACACCACCUACGUCAACAUCGACAAGAUGACACCAUACCCCUCUCUCAUCUCUUCUCAGAGCAACCUCGACCGUGACUGCUUCACCUGACAGAGAUGGCCAGACGGAGGGAGGGAUGAAGAGAUUGACAUGAUCAAAAACAUGAAAAGCCAAAGCUCUUAUUUGCUACAAAAAACACUGGAUUGCCGGUCGGCUUUCAACAUUAAUAGAGGAGGAUAAGAAACAGUGAAGACUUUAAAGGCGCACACACUCCCUUGAUCACUGUAAAUAGUUUGUGAUGAUGAGCCAUGACCUGUGGAGUUGAGGCUCUCCGCUCAGGCAUGAGAUGGGCACACUCCCCUGAAGCGAGUUGGAUUGCGAGCCAUGAUGUUUCAAAGGUGGCGUGUUUGGUUGUCAACCCGUUAAUGUCUCAUCUGUUCGUUCGCAUCGAGACGCCUUUCGCAAUCUGUGCCCGUCUGAAUCGUACUGGCAGGCGCUUUCCUCCAGUUCCAAUCAGAUGGUUUAUAAAACUCUUUAGUGACAUUGUGUUCUCUGGGGUAUCUGAGCAUAUGUCGACCAUUUUGUUUUCUGUGAAAAAUGUUAUAUAACAUUGUGCAUGCCUUCAUAUUAUGAACUGAACGCGGCAUAAUGAAGUUCUCUUCAGAACACUGGACAGGUAACGUGAGCUUUAAAUUUCCACUUGUUCUUUAGAUUCAGACACCGAUGUCUUUAUAAAUCAUCCGUUUCUAUUUUCCUAUUUGAUUCACGUUUGGAAAACCUUUAAAAUGCUGUGAUGCUUCUGACCUGGUCAUUUUAUUCUUUACAACAAGAUUUCUGCAGUUUAGUAGUUGUUUUAUAUUUGUAUCUGUUUAUAAAGCAUUUUACUUAGGCCUCAUGGUGCACCUGUUUCACAUUAUCAGCACUGUAUGGAGUUAAAGUCAACAUGAAUGGUAUUUGUAACCCUUUUUGUGUCAGUAAUGUAACAAUAGGAUAUUUAUUAGGGAUGCACGAUAAUCAGUAAUGGUGUAUAAAAGCAGUUGAAGAGCUCAGAUGCAGACCAAUGUUUUCUUGUAAAUUAGCAUUUUUUAUCAGACUCUUAAAGGUCACGUUCUUUCUGUGUUUUUGAAGCUUUGAUUGUGUUUACAGUACGCAAUAUAACAUGUGUUCAUGUUUAAAAAAACACGGUAUUUUUCACACAAUUUACUUAUCUGUAUACCGCUGUUUUCACUGUCCUAAAAACAAGCUGAUGUCUUCCUUGUUCUAUGAAGUCCCUCCUUCAGAAAUACAUAUUGAGUUCUGAUUGUGUAGUUUGUUUAGUGUGUUGUGAUUCGAUAGCAGCUUAGCUUGCCGUUACCUUAGCUGACGACUGAUGUAUUCCUGUGGGCGGAGUUUAAUCAAAAAACUGUUCUACUGACGUCAUUAAAGCAGGAAGUAGAGGGCUGUAGUCCAAACCGGCCGUUCGCUGUAGACUUUGAAAGGCGAAUUCUGUUAAAGAAAAUAUGCCGCCUGGCAGUGAACUUUGAGCUUUAUCAUUUUACAAGUAUUAUUUAUGCUAUUAUAGCAACAUUACACACUAACUGGGGUUUAAAAAAUGGGAUCAGAAAGAACGUGACCUUCCUAACGGAUUCUGCCAACAAAAUUGUAUUUCUGAAUAGCCUAAUGCUGCGUUCACACCAGCCGCGGUAGAGGCGUAAUUUCAAUGUUAAAUCAAUGUAAAGAUGCGUUGACGCGCGCAUGGAGGUCUCGCGGCACGAAUAAGGCAUUUAGCGCGGCAGACGUGAUUUGGGUCUAAUUUGCGCGAAUGCCAUGAAUUGAGCGUUGCCGCGGGAAAACGCGAAAGUUGAAAAAUCUGAACUUUGGUGGAAAAACGUGUCGCGAUAACCAAUCAGGAGCUUGCUCUAGUGGUGACGUGAUUACAGGAAGCCCCUCCCAUGACGCGAAUUUCCGCGUGAAUGUCUCAAUGACUAGAAUUUCACGUGCGGCUUUCACGCACGAAUGAAGCAAGUACACUCAAAAUGUUCAAGCGUCCAACUACGCACAGUAGAUGCGAAUUUGACGCCUCAAACGCGUCUGAUGUGAACCCACAGUAAUGCUACGUACACACCAAAUGCGGGGCAUUGCGUUACUUACACUAGAUUACUCGCAGGAUUUAACUUCGUGUCAUGCAAAUUUUUCGCUCGAGUUGAAUAUUUUCAACUUGGGCGAAGACGCGUUUGAGGCGAAUAGCGCAUGUUUCGCGGCAAACGCACCGCCCAUAUCGCGUUUUUCGCAUCGACCCACGCGAGGACGCGUUGAAUUGCGUCUUUGCAUUGACUUUGUAUGUAAUCUACUCGUGCAAGUCAUUGAACUCGCAUCUGGUGUGAACCCACAGUAAGGCCGGGAUUAAGCAGAUUUGAAGCGAAAUUAUUUGAUAAAUGUAUAAUACAUUUAAUAAUACGGUUAAUAUCAUCACGAAGGUGGCGCUUAGUGGCUUUUGCAUCAGAGCCCCUCAAUUUUUUCCACUGUUGGACUUCAGCAAUUUUUCUGAAAACAGUCAAUGAUCAGGUCAGAUAAUACGUUUAUUUAUCAAUUUUAAAAUCUCUGAUUCACCACUGAAAUGAGCACAAAUGGACAGCCGUAGGCUUUUGGCGAUUAUACAAUUGUUUCACCCGUAAUUGUAAUCCCAAUUAAUUAUUUUGAUUAAUUGUGCAGCCCUAAUCUCUACUAUCUGUUGAGGAAUAAAUGAAUAAGAGGCGGGACUUGAUUUUGUCCAUCAGUAAAUGAUUGAAUUGUUUAAAAUGGGAGUUACUUACCAGAAAGGGGCCACAAUGUGUCUGGAGGGGAGGGGAUGAAAAUAAGAGCUUGGUGUUAUCAGCCUAAAAGCAAUGAUUUUAGAGGCAGACCAAUAUAUUACAUUUUUAUAAGAACGUAAUACAUUUACUUCCAUUUAGAGAGCAUACAUUGUUCCCUCAUGCACAAUAGAAGCAAAUUGUGUAUAAAAGUACACAGGAGAGACAACAAGGGUGCAUGUGGUUUGAACAUUGAGAGGUUAAAGUGUCAACUGUACGUUUUUAUUAAUCUUUGUAUAUUGGAGGGGGUUGUAUUUCAUGUUGACUUUAAACUGAACUAAGAGUACUCUUAUUUGGCAUUGAAAGCAUUAUCAAAUAUGGCGAAAUUGUAACAAACAAAUGCAAGAUGGAUGGCUGGUGUGUAGAAUGGUGUGAAUAUUUCCAUGCAGGCCUUUACAGUGCAUUGCUAUGUAGUGAAGCUGACAAUGAAUGUUUCCAUAAUGAACUACUGGUUGGUGUAAAUAAUUCGUUUUUUCUACCCUUCUUGUCUGACGUGCUGUGUGAUACAUGUAUAUAUAGCCUUUGAACACAGUAUACAAUAGAGUUUGGUAUAUCCAUCAAAUAAUUAAUAUAGGUCAGCUGUUUUCAUUUUAUCCCAAUGCGAGUUAAAAUUCUGGUGUGUUUAUGAUAAACAGGUUGAAUCCUGAAUCAUUUAGUAUGAAGUUUUGCCUUUUUUCAAUUUUUAAUACCCAUCUUUUUUAGUUGAGGCUGUCACACUGUCUCCUUAUGAGCUAUGUGGGGAUGGAAAUGAUUCAAUUAUGGUACAUAUUACAAUAUUUCUGUUGUUCCAGUAAGAAUAAUAAAGUUUUAUUAUGUGUGUAAGUGUUUUUGUGUCUUAAAUGUAACAAUGUGUCCCUUUGUGUUCCCUCGGUUGUAUUAAAUUCAUUCUUCUCUAUGAGACCUUUCA